CGUCACUUGGAUGGUAUAAAACCGGCAGCUAGGGGGAGGUGGGUUACAGUCAGGCGGGGAGAGCGGGAUAAAGGCAGCCGCACACUGAUACCGCAAACAUGGGAUACGGGGCCGGACGUGACAAGUAUGAGCCUGCGGCUACCACUGAACAUGAAUCCAAGAAGAAAAAGGCAAAGGGAAAGAAGGAAAAGGACAUGGAUGAGCUCAAAAAGGAAGUCACCAUGGAAGAUCACAAGCUCUCCUUGGAUGAGCUGCACCGGAAGUUUGGAACAGACAUGACUCGGGGUCUGACCACAGCUCGGGCAGCAGAAAUCCUUGCACGAGAUGGCCCCAAUGCCCUAACCCCUCCUCCCACAACCCCAGAAUGGGUAAAAUUUUGCCGCCAACUUUUUGGAGGGUUCUCCAUGCUGCUUUGGAUUGGAGCGGUUUUGUGCUUCUUGGCAUACGGUAUCCAGGCGGGUACAGAAGAUGAGCCUCAGAAUGAUAAUCUCUACCUCGGUGUUGUCUUAUCCGCUGUCGUUAUAAUCACUGGCUGCUUCUCAUACUACCAGGAAGCAAAGAGCUCAAAGAUUAUGGAGUCCUUCAAGAACAUGGUGCCCCAGCAAGCUCUGGUGAUAAGAAGUGGAGAAAAGCUGAGCAUUAAUGCUGAGGAGGUUGUGUGUGGUGAUCUUGUGGAGGUGAAGGGUGGAGACCGAAUUCCUGCAGAUCUUAGGGUUGUCUCCUCUCAUGGCUGCAAGGUGGACAACUCCUCCCUUACUGGAGAAUCUGAGCCCCAGACCCGCUCUCCUGAAUUCACCAACGAGAACCCCCUGGAGACCAGAAACAUUGCUUUUUUCUCUACAAACUGUGUGGAAGGCACUGCCCGCGGUAUUGUCAUUUUCACUGGGGACCGUACAGUCAUGGGUCGUAUUGCCACGCUGGCAUCUGGUCUAGAGGGUGGCCGUACUCCUAUCGCUGUUGAAAUUGAGCAUUUUAUCCACAUUAUUACUGGAGUGGCCGUCUUCCUGGGGGUGUCCUUCUUCAUCCUGUCUCUCAUCCUUCAGUACAGCUGGCUGGAGGCUGUCAUCUUCCUUAUUGGUAUCAUUGUAGCCAAUGUUCCAGAGGGUCUGCUGGCUACUGUAACGGUGUGCUUAACCCUCACUGCGAAGCGCAUGGCACGAAAGAAUUGUCUAGUCAAGAAUCUUGAAGCUGUAGAGACACUGGGUUCCACCUCCACAAUCUGCUCCGACAAGACUGGUACCUUAACACAGAAUCGUAUGACCGUGGCUCACAUGUGGUUUGAUAACCAGAUUCACGAGGCUGACACCACAGAGAACCAAAGCGGUGCCUCCUUCGAUAAGAGUUCCCCCACUUGGGCUGCCUUGUCUCGUGUUGCUGGGCUGUGUAAUCGUGCUGUGUUCCAGGCGGGUCAAGAAAACACCCCUAUCCUAAAGAGAGAUGUAGCUGGUGAUGCCUCGGAAUCCGCCCUCCUCAAGUGCAUUGAGCUGUGCUGUGGCUCUGUCAGAGACAUGAGAGAGAAAAACACAAAGGUGGCAGAAAUUCCAUUCAACUCUACCAACAAGUACCAGCUUUCCAUACACAAGAACGCUGAUCCCUCUGAGAGCCACUACCUUCUGGUGAUGAAGGGAGCUCCUGAGCGUAUCUUGGAUAGAUGCUCAAGCAUUCUGCUGCAGGGCAAAGAGCAACCGCUGGACGAGGAGUUGAAAGAUGCCUUCCAGAAUGCUUACCUGGAGCUCGGAGGUCUGGGGGAGAGAGUACUAGGAUUCUGCCACUUGGCUCUUCCAGAUGACCAGUUUCCAGAAGGUUUCCAGUUUGACACAGAAGAGGAGAACUUCCCAACAGAGAACCUGUGCUUUGUGGGACUGAUCUCCAUGAUUGAUCCUCCUCGUGCUGCUGUGCCAGAUGCUGUGGGCAAGUGCAGGAGUGCUGGCAUCAAGGUUAUCAUGGUGACAGGGGACCAUCCCAUUACUGCCAAGGCCAUAGCAAAAGGAGUGGGCAUCAUCUCCGAGGGCAACGAGACUGUUGAAGAUAUUGCAGCCCGUCUUAACAUACCAGUGAACCAGGUCAACCCCAGAGAUGCCAAGGCCUGUGUCAUCCAUGGCUCUGACCUGAAGGACAUGGCACCUGAACAGAUCGAUGAUAUCUUGAAGUACCACACUGAGAUUGUCUUUGCUAGAACAUCCCCGCAGCAGAAGCUGAUCAUUGUGGAAGGUUGUCAGCGUCAGGGUGCCAUUGUGGCUGUGACAGGAGAUGGUGUGAAUGACUCUCCUGCUCUGAAGAAGGCUGACAUUGGUAUCGCUAUGGGCAUCGCUGGCUCAGAUGUGUCUAAACAAGCAGCUGACAUGAUCCUGCUGGACGACAACUUUGCCUCUAUUGUCACUGGUGUGGAAGAAGGACGUUUGAUUUUUGAUAAUCUGAAGAAGUCAAUUGCCUACACUCUGACCAGUAACAUUCCUGAAAUCACUCCAUUCCUUAUCUUCAUCAUUGCCAACAUCCCCCUGCCCCUGGGCACUGUCACAAUCUUGUGCAUUGACUUGGGUACAGACAUGGUCCCUGCUAUCUCUCUGGCUUAUGAACAAGCAGAAAGUGACAUCAUGAAGAGACAGCCCCGAAACCCAAAGACGGACAAGCUAGUGAAUGAGCGGCUGAUCAGUAUGGCGUAUGGGCAGAUCGGUAUGAUCCAGGCACUGGGCGGCUUCUUCACUUACUUUGUGAUCCUGGCAGAAAAUGGUUUCCUGCCUUGGACCCUGCUUGGCAUACGAGUUAACUGGGAUGAUCGUUGGAUGAACGAUGUUGAGGACAGUUAUGGGCAGCAGUGGACAUAUGAGCAGCGUAAGAUCGUAGAGUUCACGUGUCACACCUCCUUCUUCGUCAGUAUCGUGGUUGUGCAAUGGGCUGACUUGAUCAUCUGUAAGACCAGGAGGAACUCUGUCUUCCAGCAGGGCAUGAAGAACAAAAUCCUAAUCUUUGGGCUGUUUGAAGAGACCGCACUGGCAGCAUUCCUAUCAUACUGCCCGGGCAUGGAUGUGGCGCUGCGCAUGUACCCACUCAAGCCCACAUGGUGGUUCUGUGCCUUCCCAUACUCGCUGCUCAUCUUUGUAUAUGAUGAAAUCCGUAAAUUGAUAAUACGGCGAAGCCCAGGGGGCUGGGUGGAAAAGGAGACUUACUAUUAACGCCUGCGGAUUGUCCCACCAUUUCACGUCACUCCCUGUCUGCCUGCACCCCCUCUCCUUGCGUGCACUUGUCUGGCUAAGCUUGUUCCCACAGAAGAAAUGCAUUUUGGCGAGGGGCGUGGCCUGUGUGCGCCUGUACAGAGUUCAUUGUGCCUUCUCUGGUUUAGUUUUUGUAAGGGGAGCACAUCUGAAGAGAUGUUUUAUAUAUAUAUAUCUGCAUUUUUACAAAUAAAGUUGGUUUUGAAGAGGUUA